AUGGGAAGCCGUUGCUCUGCAAGUCAAGGUGAUGGAAGCACUCCAUCCGCUGGCGAUGCAACAAUGUUUGUGCAUCCGCAAUUCUUCCCGCUCUAUGUGGUCAAAAUCACGGAUCUGCUUACCAUGGAAAUGCCAGCUCCAUCACACACAGACCUUUUGAAUAGAGGCCUUUUGCAUUCAUGGCAGCCAGGUAUGUUUUCAAUAUUUUUGUCUCACCAGUGGUUGGGGCGACUUCACCCCGACCCGGAAGGUUCACAGCUUAAUAUUCUCCGAGAGUCGCUGUUGAAACUGACAAAGGGUUCAGUGUCAGUGGAGUGCAACCUGCCGAGUAUGAUGCAUGGCCAGCUACCGCAUUGGUCUGCAGACAUGGCCAAGCGGUUGGAGAACGGUUUCAUCUUUUUGGACUGGUUUUCAAUACCUGAGAUUAUUGCAAGAGAGUCGGACAGCUGUGACGACGAAUCGUGUAGCACGACGAUGGCGGUUCGCAGCAUUCCUUUCUACGUGGAGGCAUGCGACCUGUUCUUCGUCCUCGCCCCCGAACUGAGGCACAAAGACACAGGCAGACUGUGUAACUACGCAUCCUGGCUCUCGAGGGGUUGGUGUCGGGCCGAGCUCUGGUGCCGCCUCCUCUCGGCGAAAACCGACACCAGCGUCGUGGUCGUAUAUUCUGCAGAGGAGCUGGAGUUCAUGUUCCAGCUGGACUGGCAGCACAACACCAUCGCCGACGGGGUCUUCACCGUCGAGGCGGACCGUGGCCGAGUGGUGAGUCUCGGCGAGGCGGCGGCGGAGGGGAAGUUGCGGCAGCUCCGGCAGUCCGGGCACAAGGACGUCUACCGUUUCUUCUUGGCUCAUCGUCACUGGCUUCUCGGGAGGCCGCGGCAUCGCUGGCAGUUGCAGGACUUCCUCAAUCAGUUUCAUUUCGAUGACCUGGAGGCAGCAGCCGGUGAAGGCGUUAUGACAGGCGUGCUUUGUGCCGUCUUCGCAGGGGAUUCUGAAGUUUUGACGGCGCUGGUGGAAGCCCGAGCAGAUGUGAACAGCAGCAUCCGCGGGCUCUCUGACCUGGGCUACUUUGAUGGCAUGUCCCCUCUCACGGUUGCAACGAGAUCGAAUCAAGAUCCUGAGAUGCUCUCCACUCUACUGAAGCUCCGGGCGGAUGUGAAUUAUCGGGUGCCGAUGUCCGGGGCCUGUGCUGCCCAUGUUGCCCGAAGCUCCGAACAGUUCCGAGUUCUCAAGGAUGCUGGCGUUGACUUCCAUUCGGUCGCUAUGCCCAUUGGCAUGACCCCGCUGACGUCGGCGGCUGGGUUCGCAGCUGCUGAGGUAGUUUCAGCUCUCUUGGAGGCAAGAAGUGAUCCGAAUCCUCCAAUGCAGGGUUGUGGCUGGAGCCCCUUGCAUGCGGUUGCCCUCUUCUCGAGGGGUCGCGCAGAUGCUGUGGAGAUUGUCCAUCUGCUGGUGAAAGCGCAGGGCGACCUGAAUGCGACGGCCCGCAUGUCCGGGCCUUUGUCCUGGAUUGCUCGGGCCAUGAAAGCCCAAACCGCUAUUUGGGGCCUGUCGGCCUGUGGAUCGAAAGCUCGCUGUUUGGCCAGCUUGCCUGGCAUCACGCCCUUAGGCGCUGCUGCCUUGGCCGGUGAUGAGACGCUCACCGGUUUAUUUUUAGAUUUGGGUGCACGGAGUGCCCCAAAUGACAUGGGCAGCCUUCCGGAGGAACUGGCCCAAGCCAAUCGCCACGCAAACGUGACGUCUCUGCUCGACUUCGUGUCGAUCUGA